AUGACGCGCGGCACACUCUACGUCACAGACACACCGCCAGACAAGAGCCGCAACACGGGACCCAUGGCCGCGGAGGGCUCGCAGGGUGACCCCAACGUGGGUGCGUUUUCCAACAUUGCGUGGGGCAUGAUGAGCCUCAUCAACCUGGGCCUGGGCCUGGGCCUCUGGGAGUACGGCUACAUAUGCAACCUCGACUACGAGGUCACGAGUGCGUUCUGCACCAUCUACUACCUGGCCUACAUGGCCACCAGCGUCAACCUCCUGCUCAACCUGCUGACAGCCAUGAUCAUACGCACAUACAACGCGUCACAAAAGGAGGCCGAGUCCCACUGGCGGCGCCGAUGGGCCACGUGGGUGCAGCGGAGCGGGAGGGGUGGUCUCAAGUGA